AUGACACUCCAGAAUAACUCAAUUUCACCCGAGUUUAAAUCAUGGUUUAUUCCUCUUGAUAUUUUAAACAUGAUAUGUUGUAUCAUUGCUGUUAUACUUGCUCUAAUCUUUUUAUUGGCUAUUAUUUUUGAUAAAGCAUGUUAUAGAGUUCCAAUGUUACUCGUUGCCAAUUCAUGUUUAGCUGAACUUAUAUUUAGUAGUGAUAUGUUGGCUACGGUUCUAUUUAGACUUCACAAUGAUCUUAAACAAAUUUACUUCUAUGACUCAUUUUGCAUUUUAAUGACCUUUAUAGCUUAUAUGACAGUUGGAAUACAAAAUUAUUCUUAUUUAUUACAAGCUAUCUAUAGAUAUAUUUUAAUUGUUUAUUCACCUCGAUUAUUUUAUCGAUCAGUUAGAUUUCAAACAUUUCUCAUUAGCCUAACAUGGAUUUGUUGUAUUAUCUAUCCUAUUCCAUUAGUGUUUACUGGUCAAAUAAAGUAUCUCGCUCAUGAACAACUAUGUCAAAUGCCUCUUGAACUUUCGUUUUUAACGAUAUUCAAUGCAUUUUAUAUUUAUCUAUUUCCAAUGCUAAGCAUAAUAUUAAUAUAUUUAAAAAUGGUUCGAUUUGUACGAAAAAUGCGUCAGCGUGUAACUCCGGUUAAUAGAUUACUUCAUGCUCAACGAGAAUUACGAAUGAUUCGACGUAUAGUUUUACUUGUAUCCAUUUUAGUUGCAUUUGGUUUUCCUUAUCAAACCUUUAUUUUUAUGUCAUUUUUCAAUAGUGCACCAAAAUAUCAUUUUCGUAUGGCUUUUACAUUUAUCGAUGUAUCAUUAGUAUUUAUAUUGAUUGCUCUUUUUGAAAUUACAGAACCAUUAAAAACUUCUUUAAUGAAAAGAAUAAAUUUUCGACCAACCAAUGUUAUACGUACAGUGUCAUAA